AUGCCCCAGAAAGUUGUCGAAACCCCCUUCCCUCUCAUUGAUGCAGACCCCCAUGCUUCUCGCGUGAUUCGCUAUAUGCGCCCAUCCGACCUUGGUGUUUGGGCCGCUGCAACUGGUGCAUUCCCUGCAGCACUAUACUUCUGGGACAUGGCAGAUUCGUCCAAAUUCAAGCUCCGGACUCAGCUCCGUCUCGGUGGGCUGCUUGGCUUUGUUGGAGGGUUCCUCCUCGCAUACCAACGGUCAAGCUUCCGUUUCUGGGGCUGGUCAGAGAAUCAACGAGAGGAGAGGGCUGACCAGGAGGAAAUGAGUUGGCGCGCACAGCAGGGUUUGCCGUUAUACGGCGAGUCUGCACAGCCUGAGUGGAUUCAGGGCUCAGCAUACCGCAACUCGGUAUUCUCCCAGUUGAAAUUUGCCGCUUUCCCAAUGUUUAACCUCGUCAAUCACCCAUACCAUGGCACGGAUCCUGAGAAGUACAAGUCGAAGGCAGAUUCAUCAUAG